GCGUCCCAUCAGAACAAUCAAAGUCCGUUCGCGUCUUCGGUGUUUCGGCCGUAUCUCGAGAAAUGCGGCAAUCAUUUGGUUUCAUUGAAUUUGUCUGAAAACACAAUGCCUUCAUUUCACUCAUGCAUUUCAGCGAUUAUGGAAUUUUGUCCAAAUCUGCAACUGUUGGACAUCUCUAAUGUCGAGUCUCUCUCGAAGACGGCGUCGAUAUCUGUUGAGAAGCUGCAGACAUCGUGUCCUCAUUUACGGAUCUUAAGGGCGGCUAACAUUACAUUUACGGUCUCGACGUCGGGUUCGCAAACGGAUGGCUUUGUAUCGCUAGAAGAGCUGAGUAUUCCCUUCAAGUCUGACUUCUCGACGGCAAUCAUACAGAACGCACACACAGACAAUGUAUUGGAACAGCUGACCAAAAACGCCGAGAACCUCAAGCUGUUGGACAUUCGCGGCGCCCGCUAUUUGUCGCACAGGGCUCUCGUCAAGAUUCCCGCCUGGAAUAUACAGCACCUGUCGGUCAGCAACUGUCCCAAACUCAACACCGAACACCUCGAGAUGGCUUUCACUAAG